UAAAUUGUUUCUCUAAUAUAUUUUAAUGCUAUUCUUUCUGAUUUUUCAGCCCAAAGUAUGCUGAAUUUGCAGCUCCAAGGAAAGCCAUCAAUAAGCACUUACACUGAGGAGCAAAGGCGAGACUUUGAGGCACAGCAGCGGCGUCUUCCUUUUCGAAAGAGGAAGACCGAUAUGUCUGCAUUUUUGGUAGAUCCAGAUGAGACUAAUUGGCAGGAUGAGUCAAAAAAGCCGAAACUUGAGCCCCAGGUUGCUUCAACGAAGUCUGUGCCUCUUAAACAUGUUUGCAGUUUAUCAUCACCACCACCACCAAGAUAUGCUUGUUUCCCCAUCGUAGUGCCAUGCUUUCCGAAUAUAAGGUUUGCAAGCAUCAAUGCAACACCCCUUCCAAAUUUAAGCUUUGCUGAUGGAGACGAAGUGUGGAGAAAUAUGGUGGAACAAGAUCGCGACUACCCGAGGUCCAGCAACUGGUUAAAAAAACACCCAGAGUUGGACACACGUAUGAGAGCAGUUUUAUUGGACUGGCUCAUGGAGGUUUGUGAACUCCACAAUCUGCAGAGAGAGACCUACUACUUGGCUCAGGAGUAUUUUGACAGGUUCAUGGCAACACAGGAAAAUGUACACCGAAAUAGACUGCAGCUUAUUGGCAUCAGCUGUCUGUUCCUAGCGGCAAAACGUGAGGAAAUCUACCCACCUAAACUGUAUCAGUUUGCGUUCAUUACGGAUCGAGCUUGUACGAGAAAAGAGAUUCGCAACAUGGAGUUGAUCAUAUUAAAGGCACUUUGCUGGCGUUUAAAUCCAUUGACUGUAAUUUCUUGGCUGAAUGUCUACAUGCAACUUGCGAAUCAGUCUCCACCGGAGGAAUUUCUCACGCCAAAAUAUCCGUGGUCUAUGUACACACAAAUAACAGAGCUUUUAGAUAUCUGUGUUCUCGAUAUUGACAGCUUGCAAUAUCCUCGCCGUACACUUGCUGCUGCGGCAUUAUAUCACUUUUCUGAUUUGCAAUUGGUGGAGAAAGUUUCAGGUCUUAGUAGCAUAGAGUUGUCGAACUGCAUUACAUGGGUAGUACCCUUUGCAAUGACAAUAAAGGCAACUGGGAUCUCAACUCUAAAGCCGUUGAAAGAAGUCUCCAUUGACGACUUGCACAACAAACAGACUCACGUGAACGCCUUGCAGAAGAUGGAACAAUCUCACAAGUAUAAGGCAUACUUGGAAAUGCAGGAAACGGCUCAAUUCAGGGCAUCUCUGAAUUUUUUUACAGUAUUUUGGGAUCCGCAAAUUCCUCAUUACGGAGGUCUACUGGUGGGGCCGGCUCAAACUUCAGAUGUGAGCUUUGAGCAGAACACCAGCAUAAAUUUGCUCUCAGAUUCCAAUGUAACCCUUCCACAAAGUGAAAAGAAGCCUCAUGACGUAUCCAUAGGAAACUAAAAUCCUUGGAUUUCUGCACUUUAUCAUCAUUUUUUUUUUUUAUAUGUGACUUGUUUAUAUGUUUUUUUUUUUUUUUGUUUUUU